CGUCGAUCAGUUUUUGACAAUUCGCUUCGCAAAUAUCCAGUAUAACAGUUAAAAAAAUUUUCCGUUUCUAAUAUGGAUUGCGCCUGUUUCUGCAAUCCCUGCUACGCCAACACCACCUGCGUCCCCAUCACCAUAUGUCCCGCGCAGCCCCAGCACUGUCCCUGCGACACCCUGCCCGUGCCCUGCGUGCCCGUACCGGCCGUCUUCAAGCCCGUCGUGCGUCCCGCCUAUCCUGUCUCGGUGUGCCCCUUUCCCCCUAGGACGCCCGAGGCGCCGAGGGGGCCCUGUCGCCCGCCCGAAUUGCCUUGUCACCCUUGCGGUGAGUGCGUCAUUAUCAAGAGAAGACCUAUCAGGCCGCCCGCCCUAGCGCCGGGGGGUUACUGUUGCCCACCGUUUAAAACCACCACGGGGCCGGCCUAUAGGACGCCCGUUUAAAAGACUACUAUUUCCUGUUUGUUUGUUCCGUUUUGUUUUUGUAAAAUGUCCGAGUAUAUUUUUCUAAUGAGGCGUUUUAUUUAUUGUUAUAAUUCCUUUAGGUUUUUGGUGUGCUAAAAAAAGUUUUAUACACGAAUAAGUUUUGCG